ACACACCACACAGGUCCCCAGUGGUCACAUGACUCAUAUAUCCGCUUGAGGCACAUUCUUACUCAGACGGCUGCUGUCAUGAUGCCUGUAUUCAGCGGCAGCUAUGAGUGAAGACAGAGUGAGUGCAGGACCAUGAACUCUAACAUGAACCGUAAGACCAUCCUGCAUCAGCAGAGGAGCCUGGACACUUGCCUAGCAGAAAAUACCUCCAAGAAGGGUCUGCGCUGGAGAAGGGGAUCUUUAAAUGGAAAACAAUCCAAAAACAGAGAGUUGACGCUGAGACGGGGACGAGAGCAGGUGAGCCGCUCAAGUUCCAGCUCUCUGGUGGACUAUACAGAUCCUCAGAGAACGACGGUUGUGUUGGAAAAACAAGACAAUGAAGCAUUCGGAUUUGAAGUUCAGACUUAUGGGAUUCAGCUGAGUAACAGCAACGAGUUGGAGAUGUGUACGUUUGUGUGCAGCGUGCAAGAGGGAAGCUCUGCAGAGACAGCAGGCCUGACCGCUGGUGAUAUAAUCUUGACUGUAAAUGGUGUCAUCAUCAAAGGAUUCACCCAUCAUCAAAUCAUCGAACUGAUCCGAGAGUCUGUCAACAUGCUAAAAAUGGAGACAGUUAAUGGCAGCGUGGUCAAAAGAAUCGAACUAGAGAAAAAGUUGCGACACCUCAAGCAAACACUGCAUGAGAAAUGGCUGGAACUGCAGGCGCUCAACCAACAGGAAAAGCGUCUUACUCGAGGGAACCUGAACAUCAGCUCUGAGCAUCCAUCUAUGGACUCUCUCAUGUCUCUGUCAUCUCCUACUAGUCGGUCUGGACGUCGUUUUUCCAGCGACAGCAGCUGGCCGAGCGUGUUGACAGACGAGGUCGGGGAGGACGUGUUUGAAGACCUCAGCCCGUGCAGCCCUCACAAACCCAACUGCGACUUAUUCAGCGCUAUGUUUCAGACAGAGGGGGCGCCACCGAGGCCGGGUCUGUGCCGAACCCGAAGCAUCAGCAGCGGCAGCAGCAGCAAUAGCUGUCAGUCUCCCACGUGGGAUAACAGCCGUGUGUCCUCGUCCUACUCCAGCUCAGUGUUUGCCACGCUGCCUCGCCGAGGAAGGAAAGGCAGCAUGAGAAAAAACCUGCUGAAGCUGUUACCCGGACUGAACUAUUCUCUGGAAGAAGAAGAAACCACCUGAAACAAACUGCUGGCAUGAAGCCCCUAAAAAAGUGAAAUUCCUUAUGAUGAAUGUACUGUAGGCAUCUAAGGUGUAACAAUGUGAAAAGUGGACUUCUAAUGUUCAUAAGACUUCAUGAAUUGUCCAGACCGAUGCGUGUGAACAUGCCAUUUUCACAUCAAAGACAGGAAGCCGUCUAAAGUGUAAACGUAUAUCACUUCACUUACAUGAGCCAGAAAGUUGAUGCAUUUCAUGCUGAACAUAAACAGGUUGAUGUGGUCUGUGCCAGAAAAGAAGGCUAGAAAAAAGGAAGAAAAAAAAAAGAAAGAAAAGCUGUUCAGCAAAUAUCACUGAACAUGAACAAGCAGAGAGUUCUGGGGCACAGCAGUGAAUACAAAGCAAUCCAUCCUUCACGUAGUGUUUCGGUCUUACUGGUCAUUUUUAAAAGAUUAAAUGUGAUUGGUGUUGAUUCAGUUUCGACAACAGCAGCCCUGAAACAAAUCAUCUGCGAGAGAUAAAGACAGGAUCAUAGAUUAUAGAUUUCUUUAUUAUAGAAGACUUAUUUAUUUGCAUUAAUUUGCUUUUACUGUAUGGAAAGAGUCUUCGGUGUCAGUCAGAAAGUUUUCCAGUAGGUCUAAAUGGAAAUGUUUUCAGGACUUUUGUUUAGUUUUACUCUUAUUAACUUUAAGAGAAAGAAGAAAGAGAGAGGUGAGAGAACGACUGUAUCACACCACUCUGUCAUUGAUUAUUUUCCCACAAAUGCAUUUUCAUUGUAAAAAAAAAAUAAGGAUGAGAAACAAAGAAUCAAAUGAAUUUGUCUUUUUGGAUGCAUCAGACAUUGGCUCUUUGACCUGUCUCUGGACAUUUACAGACUUACACACUCUUGUAUAGUUUGUAAAUGGUGUGAAAAUGGCGUUUUAUUAUUAUUAUUAUUUUUUUAAAUGAACUUUCAGCAUUUAUUUAAUAUUUUUUUUCUGAAGUACACAUAUACAGUAUUACCUACAUAUGGACUUCAGGCCUCAGCCUUCGUGGCAUUGUGGAACAUGUAGCAUUCCAGACGUGACAUUUUAGAACCCACCAUGUUUUAGAACCGAGCCCCUUGAUGGCUUGGGUCAAUAUAGGACAAGCCACACGUCAGCAUUAUAUAUAACACACACAUGCACACACACACACACACACACACACACACACACACACACACACACACACACACACACACACACACACACACACACACACACACACACACACACACACACACACACAGA